GACUUUGUAUGUUUGGACAUUCUUCGUUUUGACUUGUACAUAAACUCAAAAACAUGUGAUGGAUAUAUCAAUCUCUGAUCUAAGUGGGUAUAUACAUUUGUUUUUUUUUCUUGAAACACCGAUAUACAUUUGGUUAAAACAUGUAGCAAAUACAGUGUAAAUAGUAAUUACCCUUUAAAGAUUUUUCCUAAUAAAUUAUUUGCACUUGCCUUAUUCUUAUUCGUAUUUCAUCUACAAAAACACAAACAAAGAAUAUAUACCUAUGUGCUUAUUCCUAGCUAUUGUCUAAUCAGAUUUUAUAAUGAUCUUAGAAUAGGACAUGGACUUUGAUUAAUUAUUUGAGCAGGUUUCUCAUGAAUAUAUAAUAUGAAUGAAGUAAAGAAAUAAAGAAGAGAGAAAAUAAUCUUAUUUUGUUUGAGAUAUUUUAACACAUAUUUGAAAAUAAUCAAUAUUUUUAAAUAUUUAAUUUAUUUUAAAAAAUCUAUAUUCACCAAUGCUGAUGGAUUAACAUAAGUGGAUUAGUUGUGGACUAUUUGAUAUCCCAAUUGUAAUUAGGUAAACAAAGAAUGGCAGAUUUGUAAAACCGAAAACUAAAGAAGGGUAAAAGAGAGAAAACAGCAUAACGAAAGUCCUAAAUGGUCCGAACAGUGCACUUGUAUUCCUUGUCCGAAGGCUACUGUGGAUAUUUUUCUCAAACAGAUCUGUGUAUCUUCUUCUUCUUAAACCACUACGCUUAUGAUGAGGAGAUCUGAGUUAUAGAAGAAUCAUACCAAAGACUGGGAGAAAAAAGCUAAUGAAAAGAAUCUGAGAAGGAAAUUUCAUUUAUAAACCAUCUUCGCAGCCAUUGUUGUCCGACAGUGAGCUUGGACAGUUGACACCUGUAAUCCAAGGCAAGCUUUUAGCUUCUUGAACAAAAAAAAUCAUUACUCAGAUUCCUAUCACUGCAACAUACUCAGUCUUUUUUGGCCCUAUCGUCAUAGCUCUGCAACUGUUUCUCUUCAGAGAGAGAGAGUAGUGAAGGCUUAAUUACUAUCUUACUUGAAAAGCAUGAGAGUAGUGUUUCAAUGGAAGACGACGACGACAUUGAGACACAACAACAAACAAGCAGAAAGCUACAGAGACUCUCCUCCGACAAAACUGAAAUGAGGGACUGGAGCAAUCCAUCGUCUCGGAUCAUUAGGGUUUCACGAGCUACCGGUGGCAAAGACCGACACAGCAAAGUCUUAACAUCAAAAGGGUUAAGAGAUCGGAGGAUACGUCUCUCCGUCGCUACAGCGAUCCAGUUCUACGACCUCCAAGACCGUCUCGGGUUCGAUCAGCCGAGCAAAGCCGUUGAGUGGCUUAUCAACGCGGCUUCUGACUCAAUCUCCGAUUUGAAUCCGAUCGAUACGAACUUCGAACAGACGCUUUCGCUGUCUAAGUCGAGCACGUCUGAGAGCUCGUUGUUGUCUUUGUCGAGGACAGAGAGUCGUGGCAAAGCGAGGGAGAGAACAGCUAAAGACAAAGACUUGCAAAGCUCCUUCACUCAGCUUCUCACACGCGGUUUUGACGAAUCGAACCGGAGUUGGACCGGUGGUGGUUCUUCUGAUUGUUUCAACCCGGUUCAGCUCAUACCGAGCUCCUUGAAUCAUCGUCAAGAGCCGUCGUUGAAUCAUAGUAAUAGUCAAAACCAAUACUCUUUUUUACCGAACUACAACGUUGGAAUCUCUUCUUCUGAUUCUCCCGGGGAAGCCGGUUGUUACAGUAGUAGGGGGACCCUUCAGUCCAAUUCACUACCUCUCUUUCUCAACAACAACAUUAAUCAAAGAUCGAUAUCUUCGUCUUCUUCUUCAUCUUCUCCAAUGGACAGUCAGAGCAUUUCCUUUUUUAUGUCUCCGCCUCUACACAACCAUAGUCAUGAUCAGCUUCCAGAGGCUUUUGAUGGCCGGUUAUAUCUCUAUUACGGUGAAGGAAACCGGAGCUCCGACGAUAAAGGAAAGGAGAGAAGAUAGUACAGCAAAAAUGUUUCAUUAACUCCAUCUUGGUUAUUAGUACUUUCUAUCUAUUUUACAAUGUCAAUUUUUUUAAGAAAUGGAUUAGUUAAUGUAGUAAUAGUACCAUGUUGUUUGCUUUGGGUUCUUGAUCUUGUAAAAGAAAGAUGGUUUAUUGGGGCGUGGGUGGCAUUGAGUCUUAUCUUUAUUUGUGUGUCUUGAAGUAAAUGACAUUUCUAAGAUUACUAAUAUGAUGGCAUGUGGAUGUAGGGCUUUCAUCGUCUGUGUUUGUCUCCUCAUGUGUUCCAUGUUGGGUUCCCUUCUUACUCAGCAUUCACUUUGUUCCACUUGUUGUACUUUCUUGUUUCACCACGUAUUGUCACAAUUAAUUUAACCAAAUUGACUGAUUGUUGCUUUUUGAUGUAUCUGUUUGAUUCAAUAUCAUACUCCCUCCGUUUUUUAAUAUAAGUCGUUUUAGAGAAGUUUUUAUGUUUCGAUGUUUUCAGUUUUCUAAUAAAAUUUAUUAACAUUUAAUGUUAUAUAACCAAUGAUAAUAUACUUUUUAUUUUAUUAUUGGUUGAUUUGUAGUUAGGUAAAUAAUUAAUGAUGUUUUUGUUUAAAAAUAAAAAAAUUAAUUUACGUGCACAAUUCUAAGAAGUCUUAUAUUAAAAAACCGAAGGAGUAUAUAAUAGGAGUAUUCACCUAACCUCUCACCAAUCAUGCAAAGCGAGUUUCCAAUUGAACUCGUAUGGAGGCAGGACUGUGGGAGUUUCUUGUGAGACCGAAGAAGGCAAUUGUACAAGAGUGCAUGUACAAUUGCCUUCUUCGGUCUCACAAGAAACUCCCACAGUCCUGCCUCCCUACGAGUUCAAUUGGAAACUCGCUUUGCAUGAUUGGUGAAGAAGCAUCAUGUGUCACAAGCCAGUGAGUUGUUGCAGUUUUUUGCAGAAAGACGGUUGUGAUCUCUCUGUUUCUUCUCUUUUUUGUUCCUUCUUUCUCCAAUAUAUGUGGAUCUGUUUGCUUCCACCAUCUGGAAAAAAUGUCAUUGAUAACACUGUUAACACCUUCCUAGUGUGCAAUACUCAAUGCAAGUUUUAUUCGCCUUGGCAUCAAAUGAACAACAUUUUGGGAGAAACUGACUAAGGUCUUGUAGAUCACAUGUAACCCUCAGCACAAGAAACACGAUCACCCAAAUAAAAACAAUUCAAAGAACAUGACCAUAGCCUUUAAACAAAAAAAAAAAGAACAUGACCAUAGCCAAAACGUAAACCUCAGGCAGGUUCUUGUAUCUAAAUGAUAAUCAAAUAUAUUUGAAUUCAGAUCAUAGAGGGAAUCUAAUUUAAACACUGUAAAACAGAGCAGAAAAGCACAAUUUUUCUUGAGUGGUGCGUAAUACCUGAAACCAUCGUAAUGCGCAAAUCAAAACGAGUUCGAUUCCAGACAAAGCUUGAUCAACAUCUUCACCGCAGUCCCAAACGGCUCAUCAAACGCAUCAGACAACCAAGAAGCAUCACGCACUUCCUUGUUUCACACUCGACCUAAUAGCCACCAAUGUCGCACCUUUCGGAACAGUACUAUCUGUUAACUCCAACUCCGACGCAUACCACAGCCUCAUGUUCAAAUGAAAGAAAACAUGUAAAACUUUCAUAAACCUCAAAAACUCGAACUUCAAAUCACUUUAAUAUACCAAGCCCGUCAUCCAUAAGAAGACAUAAAAUGUCUGUGUCAUCAAUCCCCUGUAUCUACAGAGUACGAAUGAUUUGCUCGUGUACGUAGUCCCGUUCUCUGGAGACUGGACCGUGUUUCAUGGGGAGAGCGUAAGAAGGCGCAAAGUUUUGUCGCUGCCGUGUUUGUGUUCUUGCUCUCCAACACGGCUUAUUUACCAUCAUCAAAUAUAUAUGGUGACCAUUGCAUUAGAAGAUUUGGAAGAGUUUGUAUUAUCCUCUCCAAGUUUUUCCAUAAUGUACAAUAAAACAUAUAUAUAUAUAUAUGCGUUACGCGUGUACAUGCUAAUGUUUAUAUAUGCUUGAAUUUUUUAUUGAAAUGUUUCGUUUUAGUUUCUUGACAUAUUAUUGUAAUCGAUUCACCGUAGAUACGGCGGAGCAUAUGUAUCUUUUCCCAGGAAAUUCGUACGGAGAUUGACAUUUUUUUUUUUUGAAAAGGCUUUCAAGAUUGACAUCCUUUAUCUUGUUUUAUCUAUAUUUUACAAAAUCUAAAUCAAAGUGGCAAAUUUUGUAUCCCCUAUUGAUAUAAGAUAAAUUGUUUCAACUGGUAACGUACCAAUAGUUAGCUUAAAACGUAGUAUGUUUUUCUACAGAUAGUGAUAUCUUUGCUUUUUUUUCUCACCAUAAUUUAAAUUACAUGAUAUCUAUAUUAAAUUUUCGCAACGGAUCUCAAGUUAAAAUUAAAAAUGGUUAAUAUUGUUUAUACUUAAUGAAAAAAAAUAAAUUAGAUAAAAAACGAAUUAAAUAUAGAUAAGAUAAAUGAUUAAAAUUAAGAAAAAUAAAAAUUAUUCAAAAUCUAAAAGAUAUAUUAUAAAAGAAAAAGAUAAUUCUUAUAUAUUGUGUUGUUAUCCAAAAAUUACUAUUUAAUAAAAAUUAUAAUUUAAA